UGAAGCUGUGUAGUCAAAGUGAGACGAGACAGAACGGCAGUUUGAUUCAGUCUUCAAUCAGAUCACCGAUGAUGGGAAUGCUGAGGACAUCAGUGGCCUUUCUUCUUCACAUGGCAGCCUCUCUGGCAGCCCCUGUGCCAUGUGAGGAGAAGGUGGUCCGUCUGGAAGCGGAGAUCCAGGGCCUGAAGAACGUGAUCGACGACCAGCAUCGCUACAUCAGGGGGCUCCACAACAGCCAAGCUCAGCAGCUGGAGCACAUACCCAACUCACACCUGGGCCCUGACAACCUCUACAGAGACUGCUCCGAGGUGUUUGCAGACGGUAACGUGGCCAGCGGGCUGUAUGUCAUUCGUCCAGACGGCUCUCCCACUGCGCUGAGCGUGUACUGUGACAUGAAUAAUGGAGGAGGAUGGACUGUCUUCCAGAGGAGGAGAGACGGCAAAGAGAGCUUUGACAGAGCGUGGGUGGAGUACAAACAUGGAUUUGGAGACCUCUUCUCCCCUGAUGGAGAAUUCUGGCUGGGCAAUGAACCUCUACACUUUAUCACCUCACAAGGAAACUACGACCUGCGGAUCGACAUGGAGGACUUUGAGGGUAAGCAGCGUUAUGCAGAGUACAAGAACUUCAAAGUGGACAAUGAAAAGGAUCAGUACCAGUUACAUUUGGGAGAGUACAAUGGGAAUGCAGGGGACGCCCUAGCUGACGCCCAUGGCCUCCCCUCUACACAUCAGAAAUGGGCCGGUCCAGGUGGGAUCAAGUUCAGCACCUACGACCAGCUGAAUGACGGCAAUGCUGACAGUGAGGCCAAGUGCAUCAGACACAGCAAGUCAGGCUGGUGGUUCAGCAGGUGUGACUCAGGCAACUUGAACGGUCACUACUACAAAGGACCGUACCAAGCGAUGAUGGAUGACGGGGUGGUGUGGUACACAUGGCACGGUUGGUGGUACUCCAUCAAAUCCGUGGUCAUGAUGGUGCGAGCAUCUGAACUGGACCAUCUGCCGCCAGUCAUUGCGCCGUUAACGGGACCAUUUGACUCAAGCAACGCGCCAGGAGAUGUCAUUGAUGUUCCUUAUGGCCAAAAGGCCUGAGAGCAAGUGUGGAAGCAACAUGUGUCUCCUCACUGGAGCUGAAAUCUUCUCCUAUUUUUUACAUAUUUGACUUAAAUGAUAACUUUAAUGCUCUUUAUUUGAACGUAGACUUUAUUUUUUACCAUGUUUUUGUGUCUAAGUGACUUUUUGAUACUGGCCCUGUAUUAAGAGAGGGUUGCAGCCAGCAGCAGGCAAACAGGCUGCAACGUGAUUCCUACACGCAAUAAAGCACCAUCAAUUUACAUCCAUUUAAGUCCUGGAGUCUCCUUCAAGGAGAAGUCUCGUUCUGAAAUCUUUGAGUUUUACAAAUUGUCAAAAUCAGUUACUUAUUCAGCCGUAAUGUUGAAAAUCUUUUAGGUAAGUGUAGGCUAUGCUUCUGUACUCCAAAACAACAAACUCUCCCGACACUCCUUCUUUUCAACUCUCACUAGUGUUUCCACUAUUAUUUUUUGUGCCGCAAGUCCCCUCUUGCAGGAUUUUAGAACGAGACUUCUUCUUGAGUGAGACAGUAAAUACACAAUAACACACAGACCAGCGAAAGUUAAGGUAAAACUUUUCAUUUCUCUGUAGGGUCCUUUUCGUAAUGUUGUUAGACACUCCUAAUGAACAUGUUGGUAGCAGAAUCAAAAACAUCCAAUCGCUGUAAAUUGACUGCACAGUUGCCUGUAGGGAUUACAUUGCAGUCUGUUUCUCCAAUCAGCUGCAGCGGUCUCACUCAGUACUGGACCAAUUAAAAAAAUUGUUGUCUCCAUUAUUCACUUAUGCCCUAUUAGUACAGGAUUAGUUUUACCUGGGGACUACAUGUGAUUUAGAAAUCACCCCGCCACGUCUGUGUUUUGUCUGGUGCAUUC